AUGGUGAGUCAUUAUAGUGAGUUCCUACCUUGCAUGCAUCGAUUACGUCAUCCUGUAAACCAUUUGUUGAUGAAAGAUGUUGAAAGGAACUGGUCUGCACCGUGUCAAGAAGCUUUUGACAAACUCAAAUUUCUGUUGAAAUCAGAUUUGCUCCUUACGCAUGACAAUCCGAAGCAGGAGAUUGUCGUGGCUACGGAUGCUUCGAGUUAUGGAAUUGGUGCUGUCAUCUCACAUCGCUUUCCAGACGGGUCCGAAAAGGCUGUGGCACAUGUGGCACGAGCGCUGACCGCAUCUGAAAAGAACUACAGUCAAAUUGAGAAGGAGGCAUUGGCUAUCAUCUUUGCCGUACAGAGAUUUCACAAGAUGAUAUAUGGCAGAAGAUUCACGCUGGUGACUGAUCACAAACCGCUUUUGGCAAUCUUUGGAUCUAAGAAAGGCAUUCCGACAUAUACAGCCAGUCGACUUCAGCGCUGGGCAACUCUGCUCCUGGGGUAUGAUUUUGGCAUGCGGUAUUUGUCCACUGAUUCUAUUGGACAAGCGGACGCCCUGUCCAGACUGAUCAAUACCGGUAGACGCGAUCAAGAAGACGCAGUCAUUGCAUCCAUUGCAGCCGAAUCGGACGUCAGCUACAUGACACAAGACGUAGUGCGUAACUUGCCAGUGAAUGGUUUAAUGGUUGCGCAAGGCACUAAACAGGACGCUGUGCUACAAGAAGUAUUAACCUAUACAAGAAGUGGAUGGCCAAAGAAGUGUCCGAACGAAGCUUUGACUCAGUUCUUCACAAGGCGAGGCGCAUUGCCGGAAGUUGAUUCCUGUCUGUUUUUCGCAGAUCGCAUAGUCAUUCCAGAAGUGCUCAGACAGCGCAUACUAAGAGAGCUGCACAAGGGUCAUCCAGGAAUCUCCCGCAUGAAGGCACUCGCUCGCAGCUACGUCUUUUGGCCGAUGAUGGACAGCCAAAUUGAGGAUAUCGGUCGAUCCUGUUCCAGAUGCAUCAGUGCAUGCAAACUGCCGGUGCGUGUACCAUUGCAAUCUUGGUCGAAUCCAGAAUCUCCCUGGUCGCGCAUACAUAUUGAUUUCGCAGGACCGGUCGAGGGUGUGGAAUUUCUUGUGAUGGUUGACGCGUACAGUAAGUGGUCGGAAGUAAUCCGGAUGAAAACUACGUCCUCAAACAGCACGAUCUCGGAAAUGAGACAUGUAUUCAGUCAGCAUGGCCUACCAAAAACCAUUAUUUCCGACAACGGAUCGCAGUUUACGUCCUAUCAAUUCGCCGAGUUUUGCGCACAAAAUGGAAUCGAGCACGUGAGGACAGCACCAUAUUAUCCACAGUCAAAUGGCCAAGCGGAAAGAUUUGUCGAUAUCCUGAAAAGAGCACUUUUGAAGUCAAAAGACGAGGGAACGUUGGACGAAAGACUGGAGCGGUUCCUACUGAAUUAUCGAGUGACUCCCAAUCCCAAUGCACCCGAUGGGAAGUCACCAGCUGAAGUCCAAAUGGGUCGCAGAUUGAGUACUACACUGGAUUUGCUGACACUCAGGCGUCCUCUCCCACAAACAAGGAACUUAGCAAUGGAGCAGCAGUACAACAGGCGGUACGGAGCACGGAGAAGGAUGUUCAGAGUUGGCGAAUUUGUAUCUGCAGCGGCUAUUCAGGGACGGCGGAUCAGCUGGAUACCAGGACGCAUCGUGCGACGUCGGGGACGGGUGAUGUACGAUGUUCAAGUUGGUGCGCAGGUAUGGAGACGUCACGCAAAUCAGCUGAAACCGCGGUGUACACUGGAAGGUGAUGUUCAGAAUGCCAACAGAUUUGAUGUUAAUGAGUUGCUUGACAAUGGCAAACCAAGUGCUUCUUCACGCCGAGAAUUUCAACCAAGGGAAUGCCCGGAACAAGAAGGUCGGAACAGAACCCAACGAACAAGAAAAUUUGUACAGCCGUUUCAAGUGGACCCGCGUCGGAAAAGCUAUGUUUCGUACAG